AUGAGCUUUAUUAGCAAAAAAAAACUAAAAGAAGAAAACAUGAGUUGUCAUCAGUCACAAAUAGAUAUGAUUAAUAUCAUAAAAGAUGUAGAAAGAGAGUUGCUUUAGAGACGACUCUCAAAGUUACAAGACAUAUUCUCUUAACGAACCAAAACUACACCUGAAAAAGCAAGAGAGCAGGAACCACACUCCAAGCGCAAAACACAGACUAGACAAAGACCAAAGGGGAGCAACAGAAUCAGGACGAUUAAGCACCAUCUACCACCACAGAGGUCUCUUCUACAGCGAAUCACCCAAUCGACAGAUACUAAAGGGAUCCAAGCACCUAAUCAACCACAAAAGACUCCAAGACUACUUGCAACAGAGCCAAACUAGCACUCACCAAACUUAGAAGGAAACUCUCACCUAAAAAGAGGAAACCAAAUAAAACUUAGAUCAAACUAAAGAGGUGGAGAAGAUUCUCUCUCACGUAGCGGCGGUGACGAGCACGGCCCAUCACAGAGGGAGAUCGGCGACGAUUUCAAACAAUGUGGAUGGUGAUGGAGUGAUCGUUUACUUGAGUUUAUCUCUGCAACAAUGGAUAGAUACAAACUAGAUCGAGAUGAAAUUUGCACAAAGUAUUCAAACACUUGACAAAGACAACAACGGCAAUAUAACUAGUGAGGAGUUGGAAAGUGCAACGAAAGAAUAUUGAAUGGGAGAUGAAGCUAGCACCAAAGAAGUUAUAUAUCUGAAGUUGAUACAGACAAUUUAAGUCGCACCUCUCUAAUCUAUAAAGCCAGCACCAAUCAUUAAACCUUGUAAUGAUGAUGACUACAACUCUGUUACAUGAUGGAAGAAAUAAGCUUUGAGGAACUCUGUGCUAUGAAUGAUGAGAAGCGGUACCACACAACCGUAAGGGAAACUUCUGUUUCAUUGAUCAACAACAAAAGCCCUCCUCAAGAUUUUAACACUCAUUCACAAGAAACAGUUAAAAACCUACCAGCAUCCGAUCUCGUCGCUGAACGAGAGCCAGGGACGAUACUGGGGAAGCCAUUAGUAGACUUCAACAAGCUUUACAAACUCGGUAAAGAACUGGGCAAAGGUGGUUUUGCCACAACUUACACGUGCCAAGAGCUCUCCACAGGCCGUAGUUUCGCGUGCAAAUCCAUACCCAAGAGGAAGCUAACUUGCCAAGAAGACAAAGAAGCAGUGAAGACAGAGAUUAAUAUAAUGGAAAACCUUUCAGGAGUUUCCAACAUCGUACAGUUUCACGCUUCUUACGAGGACAAGAAGUUCGUGCACAUCGUGAUGGAGCUGUGUCGUGGUGGCGAGUUAUACGACAGGAUCGGUGCUCGUAGCUACUACUCGGAGAAAGAUGCUGCUGGAAUCUUCAAGUCGGUUAUGAACGCUGUCCAGAUUUGUCACUCGAUGAAUGUGAUCCAUCGAGAUCUCAAGCCAGAGAACUUCUUGUUCUCUAGUGAAGAUGAAGAGAGUGCUGAGCUCAAAGCUAUUGAUUUCGGUUGUUCUGUUUACAUCAAAGAAGGAGUAGAAUUGAAGGAGAGUGUGGGCAGUCUUUACUACAUUGCUCCGGAAGUGCUAAGAGGGGAAAGCUAUGGGAAAGAAAUAGACAUUUGGAGUGCAGGUGUUAUAUUGUACAUCUUGCUCAGUGGCACCCCUCCAUUUGUAAAUGAUGAUGAGAUUAAGGAAGGAAGAAUUGAUUUUGAUAGCCAACCUUGGCCUUGUAUAUCUUCGGGUGCAAAAUACCUUAUCAAGCAGAUGCUCAACAAAAAACAAAAGGAACGAAUCUCUGCUGCAAAUGUUCUUGAACAUCCUUGGAUCUUGAGUGAAGCUCCUGAUAAGCCUAUUGAUGGCGUUGUUUUGUCCCGUUUGAAGCAAUUCCGAGCUAUGAACAAGCUUAAGAAGCUAGCUCUUAAGGUUAUCGCAGAGGGUCUAUCCGAAGAGGAAAUCAAAAGUCUUAAGACCAUGUUUGAGAGUAUGGAUACCGACAAAAGCGGGUCAAUAACUUAUGAAGAACUCAAAACUGGGCUGAACAGACUUGGCUCUAAACUCCCUGAAGCUGAAGUUAAGCAACUCAUGGAAGCCGCUGACGUGGAUGGAAAUGGAACUAUAGACUACACCGAGUUUAUCACAGCGACUAUGCAUAGACACAGGCUGGAACGAGAUGAGCAUUUGCACAAAGCAUUCCUACACUUGGAUAAAGACAACAGCGGGUACAUAACCAAGGAUGAAUUGGAGAUAGCCAUGAAGGAGCAUGGCAUGGGAGAUGAAACGUGUGCCAAAGAAAUAAUAUCAGAAAUCGAUAAAAAUAAUGACGGAAAAAUAGACUAUGAGGAGUUUUGUGCUAUGAUGAGAAGUGGCAACUUGCAGCCACAAGGGAAACUUAUUCAUCACUGAUCAUAAGCUCAUGCUUCUUGUUGCACCCAGAAGCGGUUUUGUUGAACCCGAAAGAAGAAGAGUUAAACCGGAGAAAUCGAGGGGAGAGGUCGUUCCGAAAUAAUGGGCUGAAUCCGGUCUUUCGUCCCGAGCAACUAGGCUGAGCGACCAUGCCGAGCUAGUGCCGUCAAGCUAAGUUGAUCCGAGCCGACUAAUUUGGCUGAAUCUCUUAUUCGAUGGCCCUUAUGGAAAGAUAUAAUCCAUCUCUUACACCAUCAGAUUAAUGGGUUGCUUCUCCAGUAAAAACCUACACUUACCAACCAAGAAAAUCAUAUUUGACAAACCAUUAGCGGACAUCAAGAAACUUUACAUCCUCCAAGAGAAACUCCGGUGAAGGUAAUUCAGCAUCAUUAGAAAAUGCAAGGAGUCUACUGGUAAGCCCUCUAUGCUUGUAAGUCCACACUCAAGACAAAACUAAAGAGUAAAGGAGAUGAAAUCUUUGUGAAGAGAGAGAUCCAAAUCAUGAAGCAUUUGUCUGGACAACAAAACAUCGUCAAGUUCAAGAACGCUUAUGAAGACCAAGACUAUGUACACUUGGUGAAGGAACUUUGUGGCGGUAAAGGCUUAUCCGACAAGAUGGCCAGUUUUCAGAAGCAUCAUGACUGGGUCAAUAUAUAAGUUUAAUAUUAAGUUGAUCGUGUCGGGACUGGUUGUUAUGUUGCUCCUCAAGUAUUACAAGGACAUUACGGGAAAGAAGCUGAUAUAUGGAGUGCAGGGGUUGUUUUGUAGAUCCUAUUAUGGGGCCAACCUCCCUUUGUGACUAAUGCUCUAUGAGAUUCAGCAUGCUCCAACUGAUUUGGGGAGCCAUCCAUGGCCUUGUAUAUCUUCAACGGCCAUAGAAUUAUCAAGAAGAAGCUUAUCAUCAGAAACCACUGUUGCAAAGGUUCUUGACAUCUUGGAACAUGGACAGAGAAGCUUCUGAUAAGCCUAUUGAUAGCGUUGUUUCAACCCAUUUGAAACAAUUUUGUAAAUGAACAAGCUCAAGAAGGUAGCUCUUAAGGUUAUGGCAAAGAACCUUGGGAAUCUAUAAGAAGAGGAAAAGUCUUAAAACAAUGUUCAGUAACAUUGAUACAGAUAAAAGUGGCACAGUCACUCAUGGAGAACUCAAAAGAGGGUUUACUACACUAAAAGUCUGAAACCGAAGUGAAGCAACUCAUAGAAGCCGCUAAUGUGGAUGGUAAUGGAACAAUCGACAUAAACGAGUUUAUCUCUGCAACGUUGGAUAGAUUCAAACUGGACCACCAUGAGCUUGUUCGCCAAGAAUUCCAAAACUUUGACAAAAGAAAAAGAUGGGUGAAUAACAAGGGGUGAAUUGGAGAUAGCAAUGAAAGAUUAUGGUGUAAGAGAUGAAGAUAGCAUCAAACACAUAACAUCAGAAAGUAUGCCAAUAAUGAUGAAAGCAUAGAUCUUGAGGAAUUUCACACAAUUAUGAGAAGGGCAAGCACAGAGCCACAAAUACAAGAUUUUGCGGUCAAUUGAUCAUAGUGUUCUUGUGUUCACCAAAAAUAAAGAUUCGGGGAAGAAGAGCUAAACCUGAGUAAACCGAGAUAAGAGUAGUUGAUUUUUAAAGUUGAAACUUCGUACGUUGCAAGAGUCCACUUGUAAUUUUAUUGACAAGCUUAUGAUAAAAACGAGUAAUCUAUUUUGGUUAGAA